AGAAUGGAGCUUACAAUGGGCAGUGCAUUGAGAGGAUACGACCAAAAGAUACAGAACAGAAGUGGCAGAAAGUUCGCGCCUUCGUUGUCAUAUCGGCGACGCCAGCAGAGGACCACAAAAGAGACGCGACGAUUCACGCAGGAUGAACAUGGAAGCACAAUAGUGGAGCAGGGAGUUGGCAAAACAUGGGAAAGGAUGGCAGGCCCAAGGCAAACGCGCUGGACUACGACAGUUCCAGGAAAGUGCGCUGCGAGGGACUGGGCAAUGACGGCGAGGGCGACCUGGGGGCAUUCGACGCGGAUGCGACAGAGGAGAAGGUUGCCGUCCUGGACUUCAACCACCCCUUCGCUGGGAAGAGUUUCACAAUGACCCUCACCCUGCUCAGCUGCGAAGAAGCGGAGCCGGUCGGGUCUUUGGCGGGACUUGCGCCGCUGCGACUGCGACGACCGUUGUGCGGCCAGGGCGCGAGGGGCAGCCGCCCCCACAGCGACCGCGAGGUUGCGAUCGACUGGAGCCUCGAGAGCACCAGCGCGGUUCGGCCAGAGGAGGUCCACAGCGAGUCCCUCACCCAGGUCGGGAAUGUCACCGCCAACCUGAUGGACAUGCCCAUCACCCUGCCCCGAGGCCCUCUCGAGCCUGCCGUCGACGUGGGAAGGGAGCCCCCUGGUAGUCGUGAAGCUGCCCCAGCUGAUCCUCCUGCUUGGACGGACAGUGUCCCGCCCACCGCUGCCACGGACUACCAUGCCCACCAAGCGGAGCAGCGGCUCAGGCGUUUCCUCAACAGGCUGGCGGACCUAGCGGGUCAGUGGAUCUUUGCGAUGGCCAUGCGAGAUGGAGGUCACGACUCGUGGAUGGCCCACUGCAUCGGGGAGACGAGCGAGCACCUUGCGACGGAGCCCUUCGACGCUCUCUUCGAGGACAUGUUGCCUGUCGGGGCCAUGCGCACGAGGCAGCAGCGCGCUCGUGAGGUGCGCGAGGAAGCAUGGAGACGGGGCUGCCCAGCCCGCAUGGCCGCCACGCUGCUGCCGCCAUGGUUCCCCCCAGCCACCCGCGCGAGGCCCAGAGGACUGCGGCGCGCGGCAGAAAUUGGAACGCCGCCCGUCGUCUUGUCCCAGCCGCCGACGGCCGACUACCAGUUCGCCGAGUCCGUCGAGCGCCCGCGCGCGGUCGGCGCGCUCGAGCCCGCCGGCGGCAUCCGCACAGCAAACUGCAAGGCGCGAUCUGCGCCGGACCUCCACAAGCAGCACCCUGCUUCCGGUUGUCAGGCGACGUCGACCAGUCGAUACCACCUCGGGCCACGGAACGGCGCGAUGGAGCGGAAGAGGCUGGCCGUGAUGUCGCAGUCAUUGCUCCAGGGCCUCUGCAGGGCCCAGGGGCUGCCCGCGGGCGGCGGCAAGGACGAUCACGGGCUGAGGCUGGUCGGGCAGCAGCAGCAGCAGGGCAGGCGCAGGCGGGGCGCGGGCGGGGCGCCCGAGGCGGCGCCUCGGGGCGGGGUGGCGCCCGCGGCCGCGCUGCAGGUGCGCGACGCGGGCCUGACGACGGUGGUGGCGGCCAGCUGCGGGGCCUCGGCGAAGCGGCCGCGGGGCCCGCCGGGCGGUGGCGAGGUGGAGGCGGCCGCUGCCCUGCCCGGCGACUUCGCGCGCCCGCGGGCGGUCGGCGCCGGCGAGGUCGCAUUCCGGCUGCUCCGCUGCAGGAGGUGCUCCGUGCUGUUCGACGUCGGCAGGGCGCAGUAUUCCCAGGGCGCCGGCGAUUUCUGGUGCCCGAGCUGCAGGUUCCAGGCCAUGGACCCCUUCAACGAGGUCCCGGCCGACGGCGGCGUCCUGCACUGCGCCCUGGUGGACGGCGCACGCGUGCAGCUGGCUCUGGACCUGCCGCGGCUCGGCCUGUGGCGAGAGGAGGGCGAGUCCGUGGAGGCGCGGAUGCUCCUGGUGGACAGCGCGUCGCUGCACCAGGUCUGGCCGAGGGAGGUCACGGCCGAGGCCAACGGGCGCGCGCUCUUCCACAUACGCCCGCCCGGGCCCGAGCGCCGGCGCCGGGACCUGCCGCAGAACGUGACCGCGGGCCUGAGGCCCGGCCAGAACACGCUGGAGUUCCGCCUCGAGGACGACGGGCUCCUCGGCGGCUUCGCCCUCGCCCUCGUGCGCGUGGCGCCGCGCAGCGUCCGCCAGCUGUGCUGCCAGGUGGUGGCCGCCAGGCGGCCGCAGGCCUCGUGCCGCGCCCACCUCCUCGCGCUGCGGGCCGGCGGCGCUGGCGCAGAGGACGGCGUCGAGUGCCUGGGCUCGGACCGUCUGAAGCUGCGGUGCCCCAUCACGCUGGAGCGCGUCAGGGAGCCCGUGAGAGGCGCGCGAUGCCGCCACCUGCAGUGUUUCGGGCUGCGCGCCUUUUGCAGGAGCAACCAAGGCAUGUCGGCCUUCAACAAGCGGUGGGAGUGCCCUCUGUGCGGCGGCGGGGUGAGGCCCUGCGACCUCGAGGUCGACAGCUACGUCGAGCACAUCGGGGGACGCAGCAGCUGGCCGCCGAGGAGGUCGUCCUGCGGGCGGACGGCACGUGGAGCGUGGCCGAGGCGGCGCAUCGGCAGAUGA